CAUUCCUAAUAGAUCAUCCCCUACAACAGACCGAGCGUCUUAUACAAAUAACUCAAGUAAAAUAUUACCAACAACAUUAAUAGAUACUAUAGAUUCUCCGAUUUCUGUGUAUCCAGACACUACUUUGAACACAAACGCAACUUCGAAUAGUGCGGAUUUGGAAACAGCAGUAACUGCUUCGUUCCAACCAACCUCUGUAAUUUCUAAAACAACUGCGAUGACAGUCGCUACCUCUACUUCAACUACCACUAGACAAUCUGAUAAAAAAGUUAAAAAACACGGACCAAAAUAUAAAUUAUUUAAGGCUUGGGGAAAUUCCCAGGACUCAGAAUAUAAAACAAUAGAAAAAGCUCUUGUGAAUAAAAUUGAUGUUCUCAAGACAAUAGUAAAUCCCUGGCUCAAAAAAAACGGCCUAGGUAAAGAUAUACCAUUUACAAGAUAA